CUCACUUAUUUCCGGGUUCGAGAAUCAAACCUGCUGUAAUCUAUUCAGAAGCUUAUGAUAAAUACUAUAAAUAGUGGGCAAAUAGGUCGUUGAAAUUCGCCAUUAAUAUUUUGAUGUAUUUGAUAUUGCUCUCUGUGUUGACCUGGUUAGCGACGUGUCAAUGUUCUAUCGAACAGGACACAAAGGAUUGUGAUCUUCUGAAGCUGUGGCUUGAAUCCACAUCAGUGUCAGUGGAGCUUAGUAAACGGGGUUUCCACAGGGAGGUAAUAACCACCGUUGAGCUCAGCCCUGCUCUGCUCAGUAGUGUCAGAGUUUUGCUGGUUUAUCGAUGGCCUCAAGGUGUCUUCAUCGAUCCGUACCAGCUCGCAUCCCUGAGAGAUCAAAGGGAUUGGCAGAUAUUGCUCGAUUCAGCCAUUGACCUUGAGGUGCCUGCUCAAAAGACUUCAGGAUUUGUCAGCUAUGUGUUUCCCACCCCUGAUGAUCCAACUCCCAGGCUGCUAAAAUUAACAAUUCCAAUACAUGGCCGCUACCACGAGGCCUCUUCUGUUGGGAAAACAUUUACAUCUGUCGACAUCCAACCUCCUGAGCUGCUGCUACGGGAUGACAAAUGUUUGCAGCUCAACAACUUGGAGCCUUGCACUGUUGUGGAGGCCCCCUGCACUGUAGACAACUCAAGCACUUGUUCAUGGGUUAAAAUCCAGCAGCAUCAGCAUGGCCCCGUGAGUUUACAGAUCCCAGUCGGUGACGGGUCUCUGGUGAUGCCUGUGUGCGGUGGAACUCUUCUGGUCACAAUGAUCGGCUGUGUGGUUCUGUCCAGAUACAUGUGGAAUAAUCAAAUUAUUCAGUAAUGGUCAGCAUACCUCAAUUGUAUACUGGGAUCAUUAUGAUAUUAUUAGGAUCAUCAACAUCAAAUAGGCAUUAAAAGAUAACACUACACAGACAUAAAUAAAUAGACACAGAUAGAAUAUAUCAGAUGUAUAUGAAUAGUUUAAAAUGAGAAGUGAGCGUCCCUUUGAGAUGACACUAACUAGAUCAGGUUUUAUAAUUUUUCAGGUUUUUGUCUGCAAAAUAAUCUAGAUAACCCACUUUUUGAAACAGGCCUAAGUUACUGUAAGUAAACAUGUUUUUUGUGGUAAGUCUACUUUUUCCUUAUAAACUUGGCUCAGAGAAAGUAGCAUAUAGCCCAGGGCAUAGCGGAAGAUGGCAUUUGUUUAUUUACUCAGUUUGAAACAAUUAACUCAGGAAUGAGGUGUGGCCACCUAUCAUGUUUAUAGGAAGCUCUUAAUCCAAUUUGCAAACAAUAUUUAAGAUCCAAGCAACCAAAAGUAAAAUCUACUCUCUUAACUUCCACUGCUUCCUGUGCUCUGUGGUGACUUUUGUCUUGUUUAACUUAGGACAAAUUCCCAUCUUAAUAUAUGUUGACAGUGAAGUUUCUUUUUAUUCUGUUGUACCUUGGGCUGGGCAAUAAAACAAUAUCAAUGAUUAUUGCAAUACAAUUUGUAUAGAUAGCAAUAUAAUAAAGGUUCAAUGUAUAUUUAAAUAUUUAUUAUGCAUUGUGCACAGUGAGGAGGCAUAACACUUCAUUGGUCUACCUCAGAUUUUAUCAAGUGUUUGUCUCUGCUCAUAAAGUAGAGUUUAAAACCACAUCCUUUGCCCAGGAGCGAAAAACUGUCUUUAAACUUAACAGAAAUAAUAUGACAUUUAUCAUGAUAAUUGUCGAUAUUGAUUGACAUUUUUUAUUUGGAUAUCAUUUUCAGCCACAUCGUCCAGCCCUAGUUCUACUUAUGUUGUCAUGAAAUAUCAGAUUAUAAUUUAUAAUGUCUGUGUCAUAAAACUAUAGUGCAUAUUGGGGCCAGGUAUAAAAUAAUUUAUGUUUGACUUACAGUAUUAUAACUACAACCUUUGUGCUUUUGUAAAGUGUUUUUUAUAAAGUAUUUUGAGAUUCUGUGUUUAAACAGAGGAACAUUAAAGAUGUACACAAGGCUGCUGUAAAUAAAACAAAUACAUGAA